AUGUCGUCCCAGAUCAUACCUAUCAAGGACCAGGCAGCCCUGGUUCUAGAGGAUGGCAAAAUAUACAAGAUUCAGCACCGCAGACAGAGGAAAAUCCUGAGCUGCGUUGCUUGUCAUAAGCGGAAAAUCAAAUGCACACGAGAGACGCCGAGUUGCUCGAUAUGCCUCAAGAAAAACAUCGAGUGCCAUUAUUUUGUGAAUGAUCGUGUCUCCAGGGGUGGUAGCACUGCCACGGAGUCUUUGGCCGAUAACCCAGACGCGGUGCUGGUGGCAGAGACUCCAAACAACGAAGACCCCGCAGAAAAGAAGGAACAGCUCUUAAGGGCCAUUGAAAAGGCUAAAUCUAUGGCGAAAGACGAGCAGAAAUUGCUUGAGUUGAAAAGGAGACAGAAAAAAGACUCGCUUCGUAGGAAACAAGACGCAGAAACUGCAAGAGGGACAUUCGAGGAGCCCUUGACGCCUUUCCAGCCCGGCAUUCGCGCAAACGAGCUACCAGGACACCGGAAUUUCAGAAGCACGCCAACAGGCACCCCUAGCAUUGUUUCACCCAUGUCAAAUUCCUCGGGUCAAACAAGCCCGUGUCCUAUUUUUGGGAAAGACUUGCGCAUGUACCUGCCUUCGCGACAGAGAGCUUCUGAACUCUUCGAAACCUAUCACACCACAGUACACCCCAUAAUCCCUCUGAUAAACAUUCCCACCUUCAUGCGAGACCUAGAACUUUUUUGGAUGGACCGUGAACAAGGAGGCACUGGAGACACGGAGUUUCUGCUGAUUCUGUUUCCUGUGCUGUACGCUGCUUCUAAAUCUCAGUUUCAUCAUUGCAACAACAGUGAUACACUUUUUGCAGAAAUGUCAAUCUUUUUCGAGGCGGCAAAUGUCCUCUAUACACUGUACGAUUUCCCCAAUACUUUCAACAUCAACAUGAUAACAGGCUCGGUCCUGAUCAACUCUGUGAUUGAAAACCCUAGCAUAACCGCCAUUGCCCAGCUAUCACGGCUGGCGCAAAGAAUAUUACUGACUCGCGACCCCGCAUCCUAUCAUCAAUUAAUGGACCCGGAAGUGAUACAAUCCCGACGCAUCCUUUUUUGGCAAGUUUUCCAACUGGAUACAAUGACUUCCUUGUACAACAACUUACCACCGCUGAUAAAAUUAGACGAUUUCGAUACCGCAAGGCCCGCUGAGGUAAUAAACGGUGAAAUAAAUCCCAGUCUAUGCCUUUUAAAUGCAAAACACAGGUUCGUCAUUUUGCUCAAUGAACUGUGCUCUUUGACCAAUAGGGGGAACUUUCAAGGUCUUAAGGAAAGAAUCGUCGAUCUUCAUGUUUGUUGCAUGGGAAGCGCGUUAUCCUUGCGCAAUCAUGGCAAGCAUGUGGGCCAGCAAACGGCUCAUGAAGCUAAGUUUAUCGACUGGGCAGUGUUCAUGCUAAAUACUUUUGCCGAUCGCGCUUGUCUUUUGCUACAUUUGAACAUCAUUAAAACAUCUCUGCCGAUGCUGAUGAAAAGGCGACGAUUGUGGAAGCAAGAAAAAACUUUGAACAGCGGAACUGUUUCGGACCCCAUAGCUGAAAGCGGCUACGGUAAAAACUUUCUUACAAUUCAGGCCAUCUUGAAUGAUAGUGGUAACUUGACGCUAGACCAUACAUUGAGAGAGGGGCCCGACGGGUUGAUCGACACUGGUCUAGUGUAUGAUUACGAGGAUCUUACGAACAACUUAAUUCCCGCUUCACUUCAUUACCUCGAUGAAUUUCUAAAGUAUCACACAGACGAUACGUUCUCUUGUUACAAUUGGGAACUUCUCGUAGGGAAUAUGCCUAUCAAUGCAAUCACGUUUGCCAUCAAAACUUUAGCGCUGGACCUCAACCGUGCACAACAAAUGGACCAAGUCUUGGUCUUGCAAACCGACUUGAGAUAUAUACUUCUGUCCAGAGCCAUUCCUCUGGCGGAAAUGAAAGUUGACUCCAAGACUGCAGUUUGCAAGAACUGUUUUCAACUCAUAAAGCUUCUUUUCAAAUUGAUAAUUGUCAAGCAUGGAAAGUACCUCGAAUACAUGAGCAGAACGCCUAUAGACGCAUCGAAGGUUUUUCACAGCAAGUACGACACCGGGAAUCCUUCUCUCAACAGCGUUCGGCCCGCGAUCGUUCCUCAACCUAGUGUGGGAUUGAUGAGUACAACUGGUGGAUCUUCAGCAAAUUCCCAAGCGUCGAACUCUGGCGAUGUGGACUUCACUAGAGACGCGAACCGGAUUCUCAGUAUAACGAGUAUCAUAAAUGGCGAGGAUUUUUUCAACGACCGUUUCUCGUUCUCGGGGAAUUUGAUCUACAACAACAAUGCCCUGGACACUUCGUACACCACGUCGUGCGCCCAGAUAGCCCCUAGCACAAUGCGGACCCUCGCAGCGACUCCACAGAAUCUGCCCAUUUACCCACCUUUCGGAGACAUUGGUUUUGCAGGCACGCAAACUGUUGCGAUGGAUCCUAACGUGGCCAUGAACAACGCCUACCUGCAGACCUCGUAUACACGCGAGAUUCCGAUUGAACCCUCUCCAAUGACUGUACCUGCCACGUCGGAGACUACUGCGGAGCCGACCCUGGCGCCCGAUUUUUCCAACACCAACAGCGUGUAUAGAAUGACGGCACCGGACUGCAAAACCGCCGCACCACUGAUCAGAAGCGCUUCCACGGAGCCACAACAAGAGAUAGAGUGGAUACGACAAGAGGUCCAGCGCUACAUUCUGCUGCUGAAUCGCGACAGAGGUGAAAUGGACACUAUAGGCACGGGCGACGAGUAUUAUCGAGAAUUUGAAAAUGCACUUUUGGAGAUCAUAUGUGGGAUUCUCAGUUGCUGA